AUGAAUAUCUCACAUUGGCGAAGACCGAUACAAAAUCGAUUAGUUGGUCUAGAGAAAGUGCUCUCAUCCAACUGCAGUAUGCACAUUCAAUCUAUUCCCAUGUGGAAAGGGACGGGUAAUAAUUAUGCCUACCUCGUUGUUGACGACAAAUCAAAAGAUGCCGUCAUCAUUGACCCCGCCAGCCCAAAUGAAGUAGCGCCAAUUCUCAAAGAAAAGAUACAAAGUAAUCAGAUAUGCCUCAAGUCUAUCAUUAAUACACACAGUCAUGCAGAUCAUGCUGGCGGUAAUCGGCGUAUGCUAGGUUACCCUGAGUUCAAGGGUGUAACUAUCAUCGGAGGUAAGAAAUGCGAAGGAGUGCAAUGGACACCCGACGAUCGAGAAGUAUUCAAGGUUGGAAAAAUAUCAGUGACAGCUCUGUAUACUCCAUGCCAUACACAAGAUAGUAUCUGCUGGUUUAUGGAAGAUGAAGGGCAACGUGCUGUCUUCUCAGGAGACACUUUAUUUCAUGGCGGCUGCGGUAGAUUUUUUGAGGGAACAGCGGAAGAGAUGAAUAAAGCCCUUAACAAAACACUAGCAUCGUUACCUGAUGACACAGCCGUAUAUCCCGGACAUGAGUACACAAAGACCAAUGCAAAAUUUUGUCUCUCAGUCCUACCCUCUACUGCAGUUCAAAAGCUUCUGGCAUUCGCAGAAAAAAACGAAGAAACUCAGGGAAAAUUUACCAUUGCGGAUGAAAAGCAGCACAAUGUCUUUAUGAGACUCGAGGAUCCUGAGGUUCAAAGAGCUACAGGGAAGACUGAUGCAGUUGAUGUCAUCGGUAUUCUUCGAGAGAUGAAAAACAAAUUUUAA